ACAAAUAGGACCAGCAGCUGGAUGCUCAGGCACAGGGAUCUGGAAGGCUUCUAUGUCCUGCCGAAAGAUGUCCAGGUGUGGGAAGAACCGUAGCUAACAUUGGCUCCUUGUUGGGACAGCCACAACCUCUGAAGCUCUUGCAUUUUGGAUAACCUACUGGACGCCCUCCUUUGCUGGCCCGGUAUUAUUAACCGUCUCUUUGUGACUUUAUUCCGGAUCUGAGCAGCAGGAUUCUGUAUCUGAAGUAAUAUAAAAUAAGAAACAAUGGGAACAGAGGCGAAUUCUGAUGUCUACAGUACGACGAUUAAUGGAAUAAAUAACAUGGAAAAGGAAGAAGACCUGGGUCUGGAGGUGCUGAAGAAGAAGGAGAAGAAACAAAAGAAGAAGAAAGACAAGAAGGUUGAUGAUCUGAAACAAGAACUUGAUCUGGAAGACCAUAAACUUAGCAUCGAAGAACUGGAAGCAAAAUAUGAAACAAGUCUUAAAGGUCUCACCAGUGCAAGAGCUGCAGAGAUUCUGGAGCGUGAUGGUCCCAACACACUUACACCCCCUAAAGGCACUCCAGAAAUCGUUAAGUUCAUGAAGCAGAUGAUUGGCGGCUUCUCCCUCCUGCUGUGGGCUGGUGCCAUACUCUGCUGGAUCGCGUAUGGAAUUCUAUAUGCUCAGGAUCCUAAUACAUCCCGGGACAAUCUGUACCUGGGUAUUGUCCUGGCAGUGGUGGUCAUCCUCACCGGCUGUUUUGCCUAUUUUCAAGAGGCUAAAAGUACUAACAUUAUGGCAAGCUUCAAUCAGAUGAUCCCACAGCAAGCAAUUGUCACUCGGAAUGGAGAAAAGCUUGAAAUUCCGGCCAAGGAUCUUGUUGUAGGAGAUCUGGUGGAUGUUAAAGGAGGAGAUCGAAUCCCAGCAGAUCUCAGGAUCAUCUUUGCUCAAGGCUGCAAGGUGGAUAAUUCAUCUCUAACUGGUGAGUCAGAGGCUCAACCUCGAUCCAGCGAAUUCACACAUGAAAACCCUCUCGAGACCAAAAACAUUGCCUUCUACUCUACUACCUGCCUGGAAGGUACAGCAAGAGGUUUCGUAAUAAAUACUGGUGACCAGACAAUUAUUGGUCGGAUUGCUUCACUGGCAUCAGAAGUUGGUAAUGAAAAGACCCCAAUUGCUGUGGAGAUUGAACACUUUGUGCAUAUUGUGGCUGGUGUGGCAGUGUCUAUUGGAGUUCUGUUUUUCAUCAUUGCAAUGUGCAUGGGAUACUCGGCUCUCAGCUCUAUCAUUUUCCUUAUUGGCAUCAUUGUGGCAAAUGUGCCUGAGGGACUCCUUGCCACCGUGACAGUAACGCUCUCUCUGACUGCGAAGCGUAUGGCAAAAAAGAAUUGUCUUGUGAAGAACUUGGAGGCUGUGGAGACACUUGGCUCCACCUCCAUUAUCUGCUCGGAUAAAACAGGAACCCUGACGCAAAACAGAAUGACUGUGGCCCAUCUCUGGUUUGACGAUCAUAUCCACACAGCUGACACAAGUGAAGAACAAUCACAUCACUCAUUUGAGCAGACAUCUGAAACAUGGAAUGCCUUGUGCAAGAUUGUGUCUUUGUGUAACCGUGCCGAGUUCAAGGCUGGACAGGACGACCUGCCAAUCAUGAAGAAAGUUGCAGUUGGAGAUGCUUCUGAGUCGGCCCUGUUAAAAUUCUCAGAGGUGAUCACUGGGAACGUGAUGAACAUCCGGAGUCAGAACAGGAAGGUCUGCGAAAUACCUUUCAAUUCCACCAACAAAUUCCAGCUAUCAAUACAUGAGACUGAUGAUCCCCAAGACCAAAGACUCCUUCUCGUCAUGAAAGGUGCCCCAGAGAGAAUAUUAGAAAAAUGCUCCACUAUUAUGGUUGGAGGCAAGGAACUGACAUUGGAUGAGUCUAUGAAAGAGUCCUUCCAGACAGCUUACAUGGAGCUUGGAGGACUUGGCGAGAGAGUAUUAGGAUUUUGCCAUCUCUAUCUCCCAGUGGAGGAAUAUCCCUCAUCCUAUGCAUUUGACACAGAAUCCAUGAAUUUUCCAACCUCAAACCUCUGCUUUGUUGGGCUUCUGUCCAUGAUAGAUCCACCUCGUUCAACAGUACCAGAUGCUGUUACAAAGUGUCGGUCUGCAGGAAUUAAGGUUAUCAUGGUAACUGGAGACCACCCAAUAACUGCAAAGGCUAUAGCUAGAAGUGUUGGUAUCAUUUCAGCAGGAAGUGAAACAGUCGAGGAUAUUGCCAAACGCCUUAACAUUCCUGUGGAGCAGGUUAAUAAGCGCGAGGCAAAGGCGGCCGUGGUGAAUGGUGGAGAACUGAAGGACAUGACAUCGGAAGAGCUGGAUGACAUUCUAGUCAAUCAUGCAGAGAUUGUAUUUGCCAGGACCUCACCUCAACAGAAGUUGAUCAUCGUGGAAGGCUGUCAGAGACAGAACUAUGUGGUUGCUGUGACUGGUGAUGGCGUUAAUGACUCUCCAGCUUUAAAGAAAGCAGACAUUGGAAUUGCCAUGGGUAUUGCUGGUUCGGAUGCUGCCAAAAAUGCAGCAGACAUGAUUUUGCUCGAUGACAACUUUGCUUCCAUUGUCACUGGAGUAGAAGAAGGUCGUUUAAUCUUUGAUAAUAUUAAAAAGUCAAUUGGCUACACCCUGACCAAGAACGUCGCUGAGCUCUGCCCAUUCUUAAUAUACAUCAUUGCCGACAUCCCUCUGCCUAUUGGUACCAUCACCAUCCUGUUCAUUGAUCUGGGUACAGACAUUAUCCCAUCAGUUUCAUUUGCCUAUGAGAAGGCAGAGAGAGACAUUAUGAACAGGAAGCCUCGCAGGAAGAAUGUGGACCGACUAGUUAACCAGCAGCUGGCGCUCUAUGCCUAUCUGCAGAUUGGAAUUAUUCAGUCUGUUGGGGCUUUUCUGAAUUACUUCACUGUUAUGGCUGAACAAGGAUUUCUGCCCCAUACUCUAUUGGGCCUUCGUGUUCGCUGGGAAAAAAAUGACAUUCAGGAUUUGGAAGACAGUUAUGGGCAGGAAUGGACGUUCAGUCAGAGGCAGUUCCUGGAGUGGACAGGUUACACGGCCUUCUUUAUCAGUAUCGUUGUGGAACAGCUGGCAGAUCUUAUCAUUCGGAAGACCAGGAGAAAUUCGGUCUUUCAACAAGGUUUUUUUAAAAACAAAUUUCUCCUGAUGGGUUUGGCAUCACAAGUCGCCGUCGCAGCAUUCCUGUCUUAUUGCCCUGAAAUGCCAUAUGCCUUGAAGUUUACCCCAUUAAGGGUUCAGUACUGGUUUGUGGCUGCUCCAUAUGCACUUCUGAUCUUUGUAUAUGAUGAAAUCCGUAAAUUGUUCAUCAGACGUUAUCCUGGCAGCUGGUGGGACAAGAACAUGUAUUACUGAGGUGGCUGGACCGUUUCCGUCCUUCCCUGGUGGUGUGGAUUUUGCUGCUAUUAUACCUAUCCUGUUUGUUGAACGAAUCAGGAAGAUAAACUAAUGUAUUGUAAAUGUUAUGUAUAAAAUUGUAUAAUGAAAAAUCUAUUUUAACAAAUUAGUGUAAUGUAAAAAAUAAGAUCAUUGCUCCGUUAUUUGCAGAGUACUGGAAAUGUAGAUUUUGUUAAUAGAUGCAGCUUUUUAUUUCAAAACCAAACUAUGUCAAAUCUUUUUUCAUGAAUUUACGUUUUUUCAGUAAAUAAAAAACUAAUUGGUUCUUGUUUGUAAUACA